AUGUCUACCUUGGGUGGCAGCAUAUCAACAAAGAAUGAUGCGCUCGAAAGCGAUCGAAUCUUAUUGAAACCCAUGAGUGCUCCUAUAAGGAUUGAAUCAUCAAGCUUUCUUAAUGCUGUGGAUGUCCAAAUGGCUGGUGGAGCUGCAGGGGAAGACCGAGUCCAAGCUCAAGGUGGUUCAUCUAAAAGUUCUCUUGAAGGUUCAUUAAAAGGCAACACUGUCAAAAGUGGUUUAUCCAAUGAAUUUGAGACUUCAGACGCUGAAAGCAAAUCAAACAUGCUUCCCCAUCGUCGGGAUGAGGAGUUCUCAUGUGAAUCUUUCUGUCUUGGAGCUAUCGAUUGCCUUUGCAGUGCCCUUGCCCAAGCUGAGAAUGAUUUCAUGUGUAUGGUUGAACAGGAAAUGGAAGCUCGACCUAAUUUAGUCUGUGUUGGAUCAUGUGUCCUUGUUGUGCUUCUUCAUGGGAAGGACCUGUACAUUCUAAAUUUGGGUCAUAGCCGAGCUGUAUUGGCGACUUGUAAUUCUUCUGAAAAUGGUUUAUUGAAAGCCAUCCAACUCACAAAAACUAAUUCUGUUGAUAAUGAGAUAGUGUAG